AUGCUUACUUAUCUACCUACCUACCGCGUUCUUAUCUGCCGCGAGCAUCACUAUGCGAUCCAUAGCCUAUGGAGGCCCGUUAAGGCGCAGACCUUCUUCCGUGAGAGGCGAUAUGUCCGCUACUUUGUCGUACAGGAGCAGCAGGAGCCGCAGGCGCAGGCACAGGCGCAGAACAGGAGCCAGCCAAGAAUAGUAGAGCAGACAGAAGCAGAGCGUCACCAGCAACGCCUAGCUAGUCUAUCGUAUAAGUGGGAUAUUGUUGCGUCUAGAGACAGCCAGGCGAUCGAGCGUGUAGCAGAAGAAGCCUCAGCUAGAGACUAUACUGGCUGGUUCAAGCGAACGCGAUGA